CAAAUAUUAGAAAAAACUAUAUUUUUACACAUUGUGAAUCAAACCAUACAUACAAUCGAAGGAGUUACAUCAAAUUGAGUAUUAACUAUGACGCUCAAAGAACGGAUAUUGAUUGCAUUGCUUUUUGUGGCUUCCUUUUCUCGAGUAUCAAGUGAGGAGAAGGGACAUUGUAUUUUGAAUGAAGACGGAACGAAAGAAUGUCAUGGAGAAGAAACACACAAACAUACUUACACAGCCGAAGAACAAACUGAAACUAAAUCAGACAAGAUAUUGUACUCAGCAACAGAAGGUUUAACCAGAAGAGAUGGUGUCGAGGUUGGUCAUGUUGAAAAAGUUGACGUCGGCGACGGAAAGGUAGUUGACGUUAUCACACGGUCAAUGAGACCACUUCUGUUCGAGAUUCCAGAUUUUCUUUCUGACGAGGAGUGCGAUCACAUCAUUAAAAGAGCGCAAGAUCCAGAAGAAGGAGGAAUGUUCUCGAGUCGCGCAAAAGGCGGACUUACACCCAAAUACGAGUAUAAAUUUUCCGGAAAACGAGGUUCUGCGGGCGGUUUUUACUCAGAUUUCGAAUUAUGGGAUAAAAAUAAAGACGGUGUUGCAGAUAUUGAAGAGAUUGUGAGCUUGAUCCAUGCAAGAAGAACUAUAAUUUUGGAAGAAGAAGACGUACGAAAAAUGUUUAAAAGCAUCGAAGAAACUGCUCUUGAUAAUGACGAUGUCAUCGACAAGGAAGAGUUUGACAACUUGAACACAAUUGGAAUGGAAGAUUACGUCCACGGCCUGAUCAACUCCGACCCUCGUUUCAUGGUACGACAUAGCGAGCAGGCAUGGUUGUUCAUGGAGCAAUGGAUUGAUCCUACAAUACACAAGAUAAGAGAAAAGUUGGUCAAAUUGACAGGCUUACCACGCAAAAUUAUCUACGGUGGAGAACAACUUCAGGUAUUACGUUACCCUCCUCGUGGUCAUUACCACGCCCAUCAUGACAGUGAGACACACAAAAGACAUGAAGUGCCUUGUUGUCAUCAAUAUGAUGGAGAUGUGUUGGAAAGUGUCGGAGAAUGCAAAUUGUGCAGAUAUAUAACAUUUGUGUUGUAUUUAAAUGACGUUGAAGAAGGUGGCGAAACAGCUUUUCCUGUUGCAGGAGACACUUCAUACGACCCAGAGAAUUUACGUGCCCAUGGUAACACGUCCUCAGAUAAAUACAAUCUCUCACAUGGUUGCAAUCGCGCCAAUCUUGUUGUAAAAGCAAAGAAGCGGCAAGCUGUUCUAUGGUACAAUCAUUUAAGAAAUGAAACAGAUGGCUGGAUGGGAGAGUUGGAUCUAUACAGUCUCCAUGGUGGCUGUGAUGUGAUCAAGGGUGAAAAAUGGAUUUCAAAUAUGUGGAUUCCAGCUCCAUUUGGAAAAGCGAAAGAAAAACCGAGUAUAUAUUUGAACAAGAGAGACUAUGAGUUUGCAGAAUUUGGUGUAGAUCCCUACGAUAAGUGAGACACCACAGUUUCAGCUCAUCUGUGUUCAACAUGGUAUAGAUGUGGCCUGGAAUAAGAUACAUUUUUAGAGGCUGUCUCAAAAUAGAAGGAUGUAGCUCUUUUUGAUUUGACACUUGUAACAUUGAAUACAAAAAACACGAUUUUAACUUUUAAUUUUUAUGUUAAGAAUAAUUUUUUUUAAGAAA